AAAGAUAUGAACUUGGACCAGGCCCAUUGGAUGCCUUGUUUUCACUUCCCCCAAUUUGAACAGCUUAUCCUAUCAGCAUUUUCCCUCCCAAUUCUCUCAAUGUGAAACGCCCGUCAACUGUUCGACGAAAUGCCAAAGCCAAACAACUCCACAAAAAUAAAACCCAUCACCACCAUCUCCACCAAGAAGCACGAGAUAACCACCCCUCUCCGAAGAUCACAGAGACUUGUCCACAAAAGUCCCCAGGAUCUGCAUACUGAAACCCCGAAACCAGCAGCGAAUCGCGCAAAAAACACCUCAAAGAAACUGACGGAAUCUGAGAAAAAGUUGACGAUUUGUGGGAUUCCGGCUCCUGGGUUUAGAAGAUCCCCGAGGUUUAGUAAUAGGGUAGAGGAGAAUUCGAGUGUUCGGCGAUCUUCGAGGCUUUCUUUGCUCGAUACGAGCAGUGUUAAGCCCAAGAAAAAUGUAGAUUCUUCUUCAGUUAAAUGUAAAGAUAAUAGUAAGGGUGUGCGUAAGUGCGAUGAAUUUGUGCAGAAAGGCGAAAAGAAGACUCGGGAUUGUGUGAAUUGCUCGACGGUGAUUGGUCUUGAAGCGGUGAAAAGGAGAGAUUUUUGUGGGAAAAGUCAAGAAAUUAGGGUUACUAAGAAGAGGAAGAGAGGAGAGAAAUGUGAUAAGAAUAAUGCAAGUGUCAAAGAUUGGACAAACGAGCAGGAAAUCGCGUUGCAAAGAGCUUACAUAAUUGCUAAGCCUACUCCUAAUUUCUGGAAUCAGGUCUCCAAGAUGGUUCCUGGAAAGUCUGCAAAGGAUUGCUUUGACAGAAUUCAUUCUGACCAUUCAACUCCCCCUCAAUUGUUGCCUCGAUCAAGGGCAAAGAGAAUGAACUCAUCGCCUCUUGGUCGAUUUUCGCUCUCUGCUGAAAAUUUUCUUAGCCCCUCUAGGCUGAAGGUUAAGAGUCUUCAUCGCAAUAAAUUGAAGAGUCAUAUGGCACACAAAACUGUCAGAAAAUUGCUGCAAAAGCAUAAUUGCGCGGACCAGAAUUACAAUGGAGACCUGUUUUCGAUCCUGGAACCAAAUGUGAGUUUACCGAGUCAAGAUCUUCAGCUUAAUAAUUUCAAUUCUACCCCAACAUGUGUGCAAGAAAAGAGAGGAUUCCUUCGGAAGUGUAAUGAGAGGUCUUCAUCUGGCAAGAAAAAGCAGGACUUUACGUUUAGUCCUCCGGUGCUAAAGCCGGUCAAAAACAGCAUGUUGCAUGAGAAAUACAUUGAUCAGUUACAUGUACGGGAGGCAAAGAGAAAGAAGGCCUGUACCCGAGCAGGAAAAGAGAAUCGUGGGCGGAUUAAUAUUCCGAAAACAGAUGUAGUUUCUGCUGCAAAAAAUGCGUUGGUUUCUGAUGCCAGAGAUGCUAUCAGUAAGCUUCAACAUCUACAAAACGUAUCAAAUGAUGAAUUUUCUGAUAUCGAUGCUGAUAAUUGCGUAGAUAGCGAUGGUGACGAUGAUGUUUGGAUAGCAUAGCAAUGAAAUGUAGUAAAAUUUUCUAAAAUUUAGAAUCUUAGCAUAGCUGAGUCUUUCUUAUAUAGUAAUUGUUAAUUCCUUGAUCCACUUUUAUAGGAUAAUUCAGUGUUCUGAUUGUAAAAUUUGUUCUGAUUUUUGUAGAAUUGUAUGUUAGUGUUAAUUUCUAGGUAAUGUGCAGGUUUUUUCGUUUCAAA